AUGUCCUAUGCAGUUCCGACACUGAUAGGUGUGACCUCUGCACUUCUAGUGUUGAUUACCGUCUUCGUCGCCAUCCGAUUCUUUGUACGCAGUGUCCUGCUGCGGAGCAUCGAUUGGGAUGAUGGUAAGUAUGUCUGUUCCCCCUUUGUCGUCUCGGAGUCUGACUUUGGCAUAGCACUGGUAUUCAUAAGCUACGUACGACUCUACUUCUCGAUGCUUCAAUUAAACCACAUGACCAAUGUCGGCUUUGGAUCUCAUGUGGACGUCGUGUCGGCAGACCAUCUCCGCCAGUUCCUCAAGGCAACUUGGCAGCUUCAAACCGUCACCGCGCUUAGCUAUGUCUGGGGGUUUGUUACCGUCAAGAUGUCUUUUGCGGUCCUCUACCUCAGAUUGCUUCCCGGUAUCACCCACCGACGCUUGAACCAAGGGCUACUUAUUUUGCUGCUAGCUGAGGGAGUUGAAGAAUGCCUUGUUGUCAUUUUCAAGUGCAACCCAGUAGACAAGGCAUGGACGCCUUCAAAAGAGGGCACUUGUCUGGACUUGAGAAGUUUCUACUACGCUUCGUUCGGUGUUAAGUUGGCGACCGACAUUAUUCUCUUCGCCCAACCGAUCCCGGCUGUCCGUAGACUACAGCUGUCGACAGCCAAGAGGGUCGGUGUAGCGAUAAUGCUUUCGCUUAGCUUGCUUGUCUGUGUUAUCUCCAUCAUCAGAGUAACCUACAUUUCCAUUAUAAAGGGCGAUAUAACAUAUUCACUUGUAGGCCCAAUGCUGUGGUCCGAAGUCGAGGUUUGUGCUCUCAUCCUCUGCGCCUGCGUUCCCUCGUUCAAACCCUUCCUUCGAUGUUUCCCAAGUGUCAGCAAGGCUCUUGGUCUUUCAUCGGGCGGAGACUCGACGUCGCCUUACCACCGAGACGUAUCCCGAACCCGACACUCGGUCACAUUGACAAGUCGAAGCAAUAAACGUAAACCCUCACGAGGGGGAAUAUACGAGUCCCCGGACCUUGAGACCACGGUUGCAGCAACCCCUAGUGGGCCCCUGAGCGAUCAUGGAAGCACAGAGGAAAUAUUAUCGCACGAACUUGGUGAAUGCAGCACGACUUUGGUAACCGUGAGUUUAGAAUCGGGAAAAUAG